AUAGUUUCAAGGAACAUUAGUGACGACUUCAAAAUACAAGCGUCCCAAACAAUUGCCUUGCUCACGGAUGUGCAAACGUGUUUGAGCUGAGGAGACAUUACCUGUCUCGUCUUGUCACCAACAUGCUGAAGAUCUGUCUUCUCUAUUGCCUGUGUUUAGCCUCUGGCCAGUUCCUGUUCGGCACCAACGUUGAUGUCUCCAGCUAUGGAGGCUACACGUUUGAGUAUCACAGCUACAGCGAUCUUCUUAUCGUGAAGGAUCUUCAGAGUUGUUACUUCAUGAGAACUAACGACACUCUGUCGAAGAUCAUCACUGACAAGCAAGAACGAGGCAAACUGCAGAUCGAGCUGCUGGGGUUCAUACUUAGUGACGAACACGUGAAGCGAACCAGUUUCAUCCAGGCAGACAUCACCCACCGAGACGUCACUGCCACCUCUGCCUGCGUCGGCAGGGAUUUGUACGAAAUGAAGUACCCAGCAGAUGGCGCUGCCAACAAGCAGGGGAAGACAACUGCUGAGACUACAGCUAAGUCUCAAUUGACCACAAUAACGAAUGUGUGAACAAAACCUUAUGUACAUGUCUGGAUGCUAAUGUUUGGUAUUAAUUAAAGACAGUGUCACAUUG